AUAACAUGUCGAAAUUGCAUUAAGUUACAUCGCAGUGUUUUAGUAGAUUAAGAGAAGUUUUAUGCUUUAAGUUAGUAAUUAGUGGUUACUUAAACUGGUUUUACAACAACAACUGCAAGAGCCCGCAUUAGCGCAAGCAUGUUGUUCAAUAUGUGCAAAAGUUCAGAGGGCGUUUUUCGCAGUGAAUUUCGCCCACAAUUAUUGGCGGCAGCAAGUGUAACGAUAAUCACAUAUUGCCAUGGAAUUGGUCUCGGCUGGUUCCCGCCGAUGCUGUCAAAGCUACAAUCGCCCGAUGGUAGUCCGCUUGGCUUUAACGCCUCCGUGGAGGAGGGCUCCUGGCUAGGUGCACUUGUAUGUCUCGGCGGUUGUACGGGGAAUAUACUUUUUGGACUACUUUUGGAUCUCAUCGGUCGGAAAGCCUGUCUUUAUGGCCUUGCCAUUCCACACAUUUGCUUUUGGUUACUCAUUUACUUCGCUAAAUCGAUUGAAUUUCUCUAUGCUGCACGCUACUGCGCUGGCAUCACUGGUGGUGGCACUUACAUCGUUAUACCGAUCUUCAUUGGAGAAAUUGUUGAUCCAACCAUUCGCGGACGUCUUACCUCGUUAUUUACACUCACUCUCAACUCGGGCAUGUUGACUGGUUUCAUACUCUCCUCACAUGUACCAUAUCACAUUAUACCAAUGAUUGUGAUAUUAUUCCCACUUAUCUUUCUACUGAUUGAAUCAUUCUUCCCGGAGACUCCGUCAUAUCUGCUGUAUAGCGCACAGGAAGAGGAAGCGGAAAAAUCGUUUAAAUUCUAUCACAAUUGCAAAGCUGAAAACAAACAGGAGUUGGCGCAAUUCAAUACGAAAUUUUCGGAGUUACGAAACGCGGUAAUGGCGCAAAAAUCGCAAACUGAUGUCGUAACAUGGAGAGAUUUCUUCACUAAACGCGCUUUGCGCGCACUCUCUAUGGGCAUAAUUCUGAUGAUGAUUAAUGUCUUCACAGGCGGUUUUGCAUUGCUUAACUACACGUCUACCAUUUUUGUAGCGAUUCAAACAGAUAUAGAUCCAAAUACAAACACCAUCAUUAUAGGGGUUGUGCAAAUUGUUGGUACCAUUACUGCCAUCAUACUAAUCGAUCGAUUUGGUCGGAAAAUUUUGCUAAUGGCUUCCGCAGCAUCCAUGGGAGUCUUUUUGGCGGCGUUUGGUAUGUAUGCUUUCUUUGCCGAGGAAACUAGUGCGGAUCUAUCAGCUUAUCGCUCUUGGCUGCCACUUCUCAUUAUGGCGUUUAUUAUAUUAUCGGCUAACAUUGGAAUAAUACCUGUCACUUUUGUGGUGUUGGUGGAAAUUUUACCUCCGAAGAUUCGUUCGAAAGCAUCAUCCAUUUGCUUGUCAUUGCUGAGCAUUUUUACCUUCAUCUUGCUGAAAAUAUUUCCACCAUUCAUGCACACUUUUGGACUAUCAGCAUCGAUGUGGGCCUGUGCUGCAUUUUCUGCUCUAGGGCUAUUCUAUAUAACAAUAUUCCUGCCGGAGACCAAAGGAAAAUCUAUGAGUAAAGAUGAGAAAUAGUUUUAGUUACAAAUACAACUAAGUAUAGUACAAUAAUGCUGAAAGCUUUAUAAAAAUCUAUCUGCAAUGAAGUACCAACUGCAUUUUUUAGAAUCUCAGUAAGAUAUACAAGCAUACAAAUAUUUAUAUAAAUAAAACCUAAAAUCUUUUAAAGCAUAACUUGUGAGUGAUAAUAAAAUUAUACAAACGAAAAUUAUAACCUUUGAAACAUAACUUUCUUUAAGUUCGUUCAAACUACAGAGUUGUUCAAAUAAGGCAUUUGAAAAAUUUUGAAAUUUUACAGUAGAAGCACAAAAAAUAUUUUAAAUUUGCAUAGGACAGCUAUAAGUCUGGUUCGCAUUUAGGAUAUAGCCGUGGAUUUUGGUAACCGUCUGAUUUCGUCAUGAAUACCACGUACUGUGCUCAAUCGGCUAUUGCGACUGUUGGAGCUGUGAUUGUACAAAUGUAUGUAAUGGUCAUUAAAAUUUAAUCUGUAGUUCAAUUAUCGUUGCACUUAUUAAGAUACAAAAUCUAAAUUUGGGAUUAUGUCACUUCUUGUAUAGUGACCCAAUUUUUUACUUUGAGGUUAUGUCACUAUAUAAGGAGUGACAUGUUUCCAAACGAAAAGCGGAUCAGCCUCCAAAUCCCUUAUGUAAUUUUGCAAACCAAAAGAAUUUGGAAUGUGCAAGAGUAAUGAUAAAAGGCAUUUUUAUCAAACAACUGUCACUCUGUUUAAAGAGCUAAAAUGUUAAAUUCAAAGUUUUGCGAAACACUUGAAGAAAAUUUUUUUUCUGUAAAAUUUUUAAAAUGCGACUUAGCAAUUUUUCACUCUAAUACGUGCUUAUGGGCCAUUUUGAAGUUUAACGCUUUUUCUCGACUUAAUUUACAUACCAAAAUUAUUUGGCGGAAGUAAAAAAAUCAAUGUACUUACAUAAAUAUGUAAGUAAAAUACCAAUGGUUGAAAUUAAUUUUUUUGAUUCUUUUAAAUAUUAAUAUCCUUUGAACUACAUAACCUAUUAAAAACGAAUGAUGUCUAAAUAAAUGUA